GACCGCCGGGAAGUGUAGUUCGGGGCUGGUAGUCUCGUGCCCUGGCACCCGGGCUGUGGCAGCGAUGAGACUACAAGUCCCAAGGUGCUCGGCGCGACCACCUGGCGGGCGGGGGGUACGAAAGAGGAACCCAAGGGGCGCCAGGGCCUCAGACCUGGCCGUGAGACUCCGGGCAGCUCAGCACCCUGACCGCAGAGCGCGAGGCUGCGAGGAGCUGGAUGUCUGCAGCUCGCGUUCUGUGGGGCCAGGCCAGGUCCCCUCUCUGCUGCAGAUCCUGCGCUCUGGGACAUGGCGCUCCCGCGCGCCCUCCUCCUGGCCGGCCUCCUGGCGGAAGUUGCCAGCAAGUCCUCGGUCAGCGCGGGCCAGCCGUCCAAGUGCUGUGUGGACGUGGUGGACGUCAACACCACCUGCCCUGGCACAAGCCUGUGUGGCCCAGGGGGCCCUCGAGUGGCAGCCUGGCUCUUCCUGGGGACCUUCCUCGUCAGCUCGGGCCUCAUCCUCGCCGUGGCCGGCUUCUUCUACCUCAAGCGCAGCAGUAAACUGCCCCGGCUCUGCUACGGGAGGAACAGAGCCCCCGCCCUGCAGCCCAGCGAAGCCGCCGCGAUGAUCCCCCCGCCGCAGUCCUCAGGUACGUCACCCCUCACUGCCUCCAGGGCCACAGCAGGGAGGCCGGGGACUGGCUCAGUGGCCUCGGGCCCCACGGACGUCCACCCCUGGCCGCUCGGGACGUCCAGGUCCCCUAAUCAGACAGGGCUUCCGUGCCCUUUCCCCUUCGUUUCUGAGACCUGGGACACACGUGCCCGCAGCAUUGGGCUCAGGGCCCCCCAGGGACGUGUCCUCCAAGGCCCCUUCGCCCAGACGCUGCCUGGGCGUCUGGCCUUGUGA